CAGGAGGGCAAAUAAUUGUGGCUUUAACUGCAUCCAGUGAUCAUAUGAAAUGGUGUGUAAUAAUAAGUGCACAGCUUUGUCUGUAUUGUCGCGCGUCUCUUAGGGUCUCUUGAGUUUGGAGAGCGCGUCACUGCUGCUCAUGAGCAGGAACUGCACACAUCCACACUCAGCACAGUGAACAGAGACAAGGAAUAAACACAUCAGUGCUGGAAGACUUUCACAUCUGCCACAAGAGGGAGAGAGAAGAUGAAGACUCUGCACAGAGAAUGAGCGUCUGAAUGAGACGGACGCAGCCCAGCGGACACAAUGACUCUCAAUCACACAGCUUCAAAGUCGGCAAGAAGUAUCCUGGAUCAUGAUGAGCGCUGACUGACCAGUAGAUCAACACCUCACAGCUUCAGCACAAGUGUUGGUACCUAAUUACUUUGCAUCUCACAGAAACAGCCAUGCAGGACGCCAAUAUCAGCCACGUGGCAGCUGUAUACGUGAGUCCUCACAGUCCCGUUCCUGUUCUGGAUGUCCAUGACUACACAGACUUUUACGACAUGAUGGACUACGGGGUCCCGGCGGAGGAGAUGCCGGACACCACGCAGGGCCUGGCCUAUUUUGUGGCCACCAUCGUCAUCGGUGUGGUUCUGGUCUGCAUCAUGCUGGUGUGCGGAUUCGGAAACUUUGUGUUUAUCGCCACUCUGGCCCGAUAUAAGAAGCUCAGAAACCUGACCAAUCUGCUGAUCGCCAACCUGGCCGUGUCGGACUUCAUCGUGGCCGUGGUCUGUUGCCCGUUCCUGGUGGAUUAUUAUGUGGUCAAGCAGCUGUCGUGGGAUCAUGGGAAGGUUUUGUGCGCCUCAGUUAAUUACCUCAGGACUGUGUCUCUGUAUGUGUCCACCAACGCCUUACUGGCCAUCGCUGUCGACAGGUAUAUGGCCAUCGUUCAUCCUCUGAGGCCCAGAAUGAAGCACCAGACGGCGUACUGUUUGAUCACAGGAGUGUGGGUCGUCCCGGUGCUCAUCUCCAUCCCGUCGGCAUACUUCGCAUCUGCCACCAAAGUCCCGCACGGAGCGAACCACAGCAAAACCUUCUGCGCACAGAUCUGGACGGUGGACCAGCAGCUCUACUACCGCUCCUAUUACUUGUUCAUUUUCGCGGUGGAGUUUGUGGGACCGGUGCUCACCAUGGCUUUGUGUUACCUGCGUAUUUCUAAAGAGUUGUGGUUUAAGAGCGUGCCGGGUUUCCAGACGGAGCAGAUUCGUAAACGUCUGCGAUGUCGGAGGAAAACCGUGAUGGUGCUUAUUGGGAUCCUCACGGCUUAUAUCCUCUGCUGGGCUCCGUAUUACGGUUACACCAUCCUGCGGGACUUCCAUCCGACGCUUAUUUCACGGGAGAAGAACUCACUGGUGGCUUUUUACAUCAUCGAGUGCAUCGCGAUGAGCAACAGCAUGAUCAACACCUUCUGCUUCGUCAGCGUCAAGAAUAACACGGUGAAAUACUUCAAGCGGAUCGUUCUGCUGCGCUGGAAAUCCACCUACACCUCCAGGAAGAGCACAGAGGAGACGGACAUCCACCCGCAGACGCACAGCGAAUGUAGGAAGGGAGCAGAAAUCAGCGUCUGUCACGUCACUCAUAUUACUGACGAUUAAAGACUUCGGCUGCACUUUAUUUAACGGUACCAUUCUUACUGUACAAAUCACAGGAGUCAAAGGUCACAUUGAAGUGCUUUGACUUUAAAUUGAUGUUUGAUGUAAUCUCAACUAAAACAUGAAGAGAGGGCGGGGCAUAUAGUAGCCCCUCCCCUUUUUUGAAAAACAGCCAAUAGCAUUUUGUUUUUAUCACAGCUCUCAGCGACUUUCACGUCACUCAUAUUACUGAUGAUUAGAGACUGUGGUCACGCUUUAAUUUAAGGGUACAAUUCUUGCUAUUAAAGUCAUGAUUUUGUCUUUUGUGAACCGAUUGGAUGAUUGGAAGAUGGGCGUGGCUAACAAAAUAGGAAGAUUGACAUACAAAAGCAGUUCAGAAACAAGACCUGCACUGAUAGCCUCACCCUAAAUGACUCAUAGCCCCACCUUAAAUAAAUAAUAUCUCCGCCUUAAAGGACUGAUAGCUCCUCCCUUAAUGACUGAUAACCCUGGCCUAAAUUACUAAUAGCCUUACCCUAAUAGGUUAAUAUCUUCAGCUUCAGUGAUUGAUGUCUCCUCCCAAAAAUAACUGAUGGCUCCUCCCUAAAUGACUUAUGUCUCCUCCCUAAAUGACUGAUAGCUCCU